CCGGAAGUAGAAGGAGGCAGGAAGUGGGGAUUGUGGAGCUGCUAUUGAUGCGAAUUUGGGCAGGUAAUAUUCCUGGGAGAUGGAACCCCAAGGCUAUGUGCGAGGUGCUCCCAUCCAUGCUACCAAAGAUGGCAUAAGCAAGCCCACCAUCCCUCAGAAGAACGCCUAUGCCAGGCUUGUGCAGAAGCACCACAGUGGGCGGUUCCGGUCCUACUUGAACCACAUCGCUCAGAAGCUGCAGCUGGAAGAGACGAGUGCCCUCAAUGACUCGAGUUCGGAUGUGGAGCUGUCCUUGAAAAGAGGCCUCGUGAGAGAGGCUCUGUCGAAAAAUGGGGUGAAAGCGCUCGGCGGUUCGCCGGUCAAAACCCUGCAGCCAGGCCAGCUGGAGCUGGGAAGAUUUGAACGACUGCACGACAGUAAAGAGGAAGGUUCCGUCAAGCGGCAGCAUCACCAAAGAGAUCCCAGUGCUGGCAAAAGCGGUGACGAUGAGGUAGUGGAAGAAGAGGAUGGCAUCUCUCCUAAUCAGCAUGGAGAUACAGCUGUCUUCUUAAGGAGCAAGCAGGUAUUGCCCAGACUGGGCGGCUUUCAGCAGAAAACCUCCAGCUCCGGAGAGAGGGACAGAGAGGAGCUGUGGGGGGGCAAAGGCAGCAGCGACGCUCCUGCCACCUUGGACAGAGCAGACGGCUGUGCCUCCGCCGGACACUUCAGCAUGGACUUGCCCACAAUGAAUGCCAGGAAGGGCGGACUCUUUUCUCCUACCCAAGUGCAUGGUACAGACAAGCGCAUCGUGGUGAGGACCAGGAACAACUCCGAAUCUGCCAGAGCGCCCCCAAGCGUGGACAGGAGGCGACAACUCUCCGAAUCCCAGGCGGACACCAUGAGUGGCUCUGACAGCCGAAUGAACCUCCGACAACUGGGAACUCCCAGAGGAGGUUCCCACACCGCGUGCUCCACCCCUGGUGAGAGGAAGAAUCGGGGUCAGCUGACUCGGGGGCGAAAGAAAAUAUUUGAAGCCUACAUGUCAAGGGAGGACGUCUCAGCAGGUCUGAAAAGGAAAACACUUAUCCAGGGACCCCUGAGAAUCAACCCCAAGAAAUACCACGAGGCCUUCAUUCCAUCUCCAGACGGCACCCGGGACAUCUUCAUCGACGGAGUCGUUGCCCGCAACAGAGCGCUGAACGGUGACAUUGUGGUGGUGAAGCUGCUUCCGAAAGACCAGUGGAAGGUAAACAAGCCAGAUGGUUGUGAGAGUGAAGUGGAAGCUACUGAAGGAUCGGAUGCCACUGGGAAACCUCCAGCUCCCUGCAGGCUUCCUGAGCCAGGGAAAGGGGAUGCUGACAGCCCGGAUGUGGUAAUAGAGGCUCAGUUUGAGGACCACACUGCUGCAAGACCGCAAGGGAGCUCCAGAGAGAUCCGGGACCUUAAGCAGCUGUCCCUGGGGGCUGGCGAAAAGGGGAGCAAUCUGGAGGCUUGCGGUGGCCGCCAUGCGAAGCAGGACGAUUCCUCCAAGGCAACCGACCCAGAUCAGUACCUUCAGAAGACUGCCAAGGUUGUCUUCAUCUUGGAGAAGAAGCAUUCCAGGGCAGCGACGGGCUUCAUCCGCCUCUUGACUGACCGCAACAGCGAACUGUUCAAGAAGUGUGCCAUGUUCUCGCCCGUGGACCACAGAGUGCCUCGCGCACACGUGGCCUUGAGCGACUGCCCGCCAGAUUUCGCCGCCAGGCCCGAGGACUACGCCAACAUCCUCUUCAUCUGCCGUAUCGUGGACUGGAGGGAAGACAGCAAUUUUGCUUUCGGGCAAUUGGCCCAAAGUCUCGGGCAGGCUGGCGAAAUUGAGCCGGAAACUGAAGGCAUCCUGGCGGAAUACGGCGUGGAUUGCUCAGAUUUCUCACCUGAAGUCCUGCAGUGCCUGCCUCAGCACCUCCCCUGGAUUAUCCCCCCAGAAGAAUUUGCCAAGAGAAGAGAUUUAAGGGAAGAAUGCAUCUUCACCAUUGAUCCAUCGACCGCCAAGGACCUUGACGAUGCUUUAUCUUGCAAGGAGCUUCCAGAUGGUAACUUUGAAGUGGGCGUUCACAUUGCAGAUGUGAGUUUUUUUGUGCGGGAAGGAACUGCGUUGGACAAAGUAGCAAGCACGAGAGCCACGAGUGUCUACCUUGUGCAGAAGGUGAUUCCCAUGCUUCCCAAACUGCUCUGCGAGGAGCUGUGCAGUCUCAAUCCCAUGACAGACAGGCUCACUUUCUCCGUCAUAUGGAAGCUAACUCCAGAAGGCAAGAUCCUGGACGAAUGGUUUGGGCGGACCGUGAUCUGUUCCUGCGCGAAGCUCAGCUACGACCAUGCCCAAAGUAUGAUUGAGAACCCCGCGAAAGUGUUCGCAGCGGCGGAGCUGCCUCCGGUCUCCUCCCGACACGCGGUAGAUGACGUCUGCCGGGCAGUCCUCAACCUCCACCGGAUUGCCAAGCAGUUGCGCCAGCAGCGCUUUUCGGACGGCGCGCUGCGCUUGGAUCAGCUGAAACUCUCGUUUACUUUGGACAAGGCCAGCGGGAUGCCUCAAGGCUGCUACGUCUAUCAGUACCGGGACAGCAACAAGUUGGUGGAAGAGUUUAUGCUGCUGGCAAACAUGGCCGUUGCCCAUCAGAUCUACCGCUCCUUCCCGACGAAAGCUCUGCUGCGCCGGCAUCCGCCCCCCCAAACCAAGAUGUUAAAUGACCUCAUGGAGUUUUGCAGCCAGAUGGGCUUGGACAUCGACUGCAGCAACGCCGGGGCUUUGCAUAAAAGCCUGUGUGAAACCUUUGGAGCUGACAAAUACGCUGAAGCCAGGAAGGAGGUGCUGACCAACAUGUUCUCCCGGCCCAUGCAGAUGGCUGUGUAUUUCUGCACCGGCGUGCUGGAAGACGAGGUGCUCUUCCGCCACUACGCCCUGAACGUGCCCCUCUACACCCACUUCACGUCGCCCAUCCGCCGCUUCCCUGACAUCGUGGUACAUCGGCUGCUCUCUGCUUCUCUGGGCUCCGGCUCUGCCCCGUGGAUGAAAGAGGCUGAUAUCCAGAAGCAAGCGGAACACUGCAAUGACCAGAAAAUGGCUUCCAAACGGGUGCAGGAGCUCAGCGCCGACCUCUUCUUCGCUGUUUUCGUCAAGGAGUGUGGCCCCCUGGAGUCAGAAGCCAUGGUGAUGGGCGUCCUCAACGAAGCCUUUGACGUCCUGGUGCUGAGGUUCGGCGUCCAGAAACGCAUCUACUGCAACGCUCUGCCGCUGGUGGGAUUCCAGUUCCAGAAGGUGGGCAAGAAGCCGCAGCUGACCCUGAUGUGGGCACCUGAGAGCCAGGAGCGGGAGGCUGAGCAACAGGUCAUCAGCAUUUUCAGCUUGGUGGAGGUCGUCUUGCGGUCCGACAACGUCCCCUUGAAGUACAGCGCGAUGCUGAAGAGGCCUGGCGGAGGGGAGUGACCUCGUGGGCUUCCGGAGGCAGACCCCAGCCGAAGCUUAGGGGUUCCUACUCCUGCUGCACCCUGCAAGGAUUCUGUUCUCCAAACAAACAGACCAAAGUCAGGCUGUGGGCCUUUCGUCGUCGUCGUUUUUACGGAUGGAGUUUUGUUUUAUCUCUGCAUUUUAACCCAAGCCGGUGGGCAGCUCUGAGCCCGUUCCCAACGGAUGGGAACGGAAAUCUCAGGAACACGAACUGUUUUAGAAUCUCCCUUUUUAGACCCUUUCUUUCCUUAAACGCUGUGUGUGUCCCCUGUCCCUCACCCAGCCGACGUGUUUCCCUGUGCUUGAGGCCGCCUUCACCAGCUUGGGGCCCUCCAGAUGUGUGGAACGGCAACACCCAUCAUCCCCAGCCGGCAUGGGCGCUGCAGCCCAACAUCUGGAGGACACCGCGUUGGAGAAGGCUGGCCUAAACCGCCCCUUGCUUCGUGUUCCUGCUAGCCACCAGCCAGCUGCCUGCCGAGGCCCUUCUGUUUGGGCUGCCCUCCAUCGCAUAAUAAA